CGCGCGUGGGGUCCGCGGGGCCUCCCGUCGGGCAACUCCAUGUUCCUCUUCACCAAUGGCUAUUCAGUUCAAGAGCGUUGCACUUCAGGUCAACUGGUGGAUCUAUAACAUGAUUUUAAAAAGUGACUAUGAAAGUCAGGAUCUGGUCUCCUUCACAGCCCAAAGAGGAUCAAGAGGGCAAGAGAAUAGGUCAGGAGCUUGAUGAAAAGGGGUGUUUUAACAGGAAGCUGGCAGGAUCAGUUGGAGCCACAAGUUUUGCCUAUGCAUCAUUUCAAAUCUCCUCCUCCAUGUAUAUCAACAUAACCAGCAUUGCUGACAUACCAUAUCUGGAGGGAAGAGAGAAAACACAGCUUCCAGAGCAGAACACCUAAAGCUGUCUUCAGGCUACUUUGCUUAUGAGGCUGCAGGAGUGCUGAAUCACUACCUGGAACUAGUGAUGGGCUGGAUGAGAGCCAGGAGAUUAAAGUUUAAUAUCAACACAUUGAAGAUUCUGUAGGCUGAAUUUUUCCCCUUUCAGUGUGGGACAAACUGUUAUCAGAUUAUGUACAAUGGGACUACGAAUUCAUUUUGUUGUUGACCCUCAGGGCUGGUUCUGCAUGGGCCUGAUAAUCUUUGUCUGGCUUUACAAUAUUCUCUUCAUUCCAAAAAUUAUCCUCUUUCCACACUAUGAAGAAGGACAUAUAUCUGCAGCUGCUAUACUAUGCUACUAUCUAUUUUCUUUGUUCUGUAUUGCCUCAUUGUUAAGAGCUUCGGUAGCAGAUCCAGGGAGAUUACCAGAAAGCCCAAAGAUACCAAUUACAGAAAAAGACUCUUGGGAAUUAUGUAACAAGUGUAAUAUGAUGAGACCAAAGCGUUCCCAUCACUGCAGUAGAUGUGGACAUUGUGUUAGGAGAAUGGAUCAUCACUGUCCAUGGAUUAAUAAUUGUGUUGGUGAAGAUAAUCAUUGGCUGUUUUUGCAGUUGUGCUUCUACACAGAACUCCUGAGUUCUUACACACUCCUACUUGACUUCUGCCACUAUUACUACUUUGAACCACUAAGAAAAGUUAAUGCGGAUGUCUUUGUGUUCAGACAUGAGCUUGCCCUAAUAAGAAUAUCGACAUUCAUGGGUUUAAUUAUGUUAGUUGGAAUUACUGGACUCUUUUAUACUCAGCUAAUUGGUGUAUUUAAUGACAUUACAAGUAUAGAAAAAUUGGCCAACUGUUGUGAAGAAAUAUCAAGACCUCGAAAGCCAUGGCAGCAGACCUUCUCAGAAGUUUUUGGCACUCGCUGGAAGAUCCUGUGGUUUAUUCCUUUCAGGCAAAGGCGACCAUUGCGCAUUCCCUACCACUUUGCCAAUCACGUCUAAACAGAUGGAUGGUAGGCACAGAUGGGUUCUCCGUGCUGAAUGUGUGUUGCAGGUUUUGUGAUAAUAGAACUAUGGCACUCCUAAAGUCAAUUAAAAUCUACCCACCAAUCUUAGACGUCACAAUGUGCCCCAGGCUUUAUUUUAAUAAUGAAGAUCUUUAUUCUGCUUAGGGAUUAAGGCACACUUCUCUAUUUACGUUUAAAGUGUACUUACGUUCAGAUUAGCAUUGCAGAGAAAUCACUGCAGGUUCAUAAUAAAAACAAUGAUUGAUGUACAAAUAUUACUUUUCUUUUGGUACUGGAUAAUACAAUUGAUUUUGUUAGAAAUUCUGUCAUUUACACAGAGCAACAGGUUUGGAAGUAUCUUGACUGGUUUGAAUUGCUUAUUCUUUUUUUUAUCAGUCAUGCUAGCUGGAUUAUGUAGAAAUGUCUGUUUUCCUAUUCAUCAGUUUUAAUGCCUCCAAUGCCUUUUUAUUUAUGAUGCAUGAUAUUAAAAUGCAGCUUAUCUCUAGAGAAGACUGGCAUUUUAACUGGAUUUUUAAAAUGAAGAAUGAUGUUUGUUCCUGAUGUUUUUUUAAAAAAAUGUUGUUAUGUAAAAACACGGCAUAAAAUCCAUUGCUGUUUUGAAAGAAAAAUAGGUUAUAAAAUGUGCAAUUUUCUUUUUUCUACAUGCAAUAAUUAGCCUUAAGUGCUAGAUGUGUCUUAGAAGUAUAUACCUGAGUUAAAAAAAACAAAGCUUAUGCCAUGAUCCAGCCAAAGUUAAGCACCUUUUAAAUCCUACUUAUAUUAGUGAUACAUUUAAUAUUUUUUUCAUUCACUCCCAAAAGAACAGGCAAGCUGCUGUGUUGCAAAUGGAAUACUGGCAGAUACGUUUUUCUGCGUUUAAGCUGCAAUCCUACACACUUACCUAUAAGUGAUUUAUUUUGAAUAGAUAUGCAUAGGAUUCUACUAAGUGCCUAAUUUUGGUGCGAUUGUGCCUAUAAAAUUUAUCAACAUUUACUAUAUCAUAUCUACUGAAAACAUAUACAGUACUGUGUUGUUGUUUCUAUGUACUAUGUUUCUUGUUUUGUACUGUCACCACUAGAAGUAUUUAAAAUUUAAAUUUCAUGCGUUCAUAGAUCAGUAAUAUAUGUUGGAGAUAUUUUAACAAUAGUAUUUAUAUAGUAUAUAUAGAUGUUACAUUUAGCAUUAUCUACUAUGUAUUUACAUUCUAAAUAAGCAAAGCAGGCAUACCUGUAAAGCAAAAUUAUGAUUGGUAAAAAUAGGCAAUUUGAGUUGUAGAUAAAUUAGUCUUUUGGUUUGCAUCCCAGCUAUUUUUUAAUAGUAAAAUUUUAGGAAGAUCAUUCUUUUAAAAGGAAUGUUUGCUGAUCCGAGGCUUAUAUAUUAACAAAACCAGUGAUCAGUUUUGAAAACUAUCUAAGAAGCAUCCCCUUGUGUAAUUAAGAAAUAUGGGGGUAUGGAAGUGGCCUUGAGCUUCUGGAUAAAGAGCAGGAUAUUCUUCUAAUAAAUAAAUAGGCCUAACUGGGAAGACAUGUUGGCUCAAGCUCAGGCUUACAACAGGCAUGAUGUACCUAUGUGCAUUGUUGAGAAUGCAUUUUUUCAUUCACUUGGCCUUUCUCCACUUACGUUUGCCAAAUAAGUCAAGAAGUGAAAGAUAACUUCAGUUCUUGCAUCUGUACUGUACUUUGUUAUAAGCCUUUGUGCUUAUAAGAGCUGCAAGCCUGCCAUAUCUAACUGCCCAUAGUUACAGAUAGUCCUCAACUUACAACCACAAUUGAGCCCAAAAUUUAUGUUGCUAAGUGAGAAAUUUGUUAAGUGAGUUUUGCUCUGUUUUACGACAUUCCUUGUCAUAUCUGUUAAGUGAAUCACUGCAGUUGUUAAGUUAGUAACACGAUUGUUAAGUGAACUGGCUUCCCCAUUGACUUUGCUUGUCAGAAGGUUGCAAAAGGCCCCCGGACACUGCAACCAUCGUAAAUAUGAACCAGUUGUCAAGCAUCCAAAUGUAAAUCAAAUGAGCAUGGGGAUGCUGCAAUGGUCAUAAGUGUGAAAAAUGGUCAUAAGUCACUUUUUCAGUGCCAUUGUAACUUCGAACUGUCGCUAAAUGAACUGUUGUAAGUCAAGAACUACCUGUAUUUGGGGGCAGAUAAAUAUUGGCUAGUGAGGCAGCCCCAGGAACAGAUGUUGCUUUUUUUGAGUUGCUAAGGGGUGCGUGCAGGGAUGCUUCAAAUCACCUUUUCCCUACAGAUCUGGACUGGUGUACAGUUAUGUUCUAGAACAUCAAUAUCAUUUUAUGAGUAAUGGCACACAGAAUAAAUACUGAUGACAGAUGUUAGUUCAGUUGAUAUACAAAAACAACAAUUAUGCUAAACCAUUUCUGACAGAUGUUUACACUGAUUAUACAUGCAUCUGUUAAUAUAACAUUCUGUUCACUUGUUUCGAACAGCUUCCAUAUCCUCUUUCCUUAUGUCUACUUUCCAUUCAUUCUUAUUGGAGAUUAUCUUGUCUUCUAACACUUUUUCAUAAAAGAUAGCUAUGUCAUCUUUCUGAAAUUGGCUGGCUUUCAUUUCUUUCAUUUUCCUUUUCCGUCAUGGUCAUUUUUUUUCUGAAGAUCCAUUCUUAACAGUCCCAAAAAUGUUUUGUUCCACACUCAGAGCCUCUCUUACCAUGCCUCUAUCCCCUCCAAGCUUUCAUCAUAAACAAUCAAGUCAACUAGGCUUUUAAAUUUAUGUGCUUGCUAUAUGUACAAAUGAAUUGAAUUAUGCUUAUGAAUUUGAAAAAAAAUGCAACUUUUUCUAAGCAGAUACUCACCAGAUAUUCACCAUUCUCAUUCAUUUUGGGGUGUCUAAACAGUCCAGUCCUUUUCUAUAUUUUCUUUUACUUCAUUCAAAUGACGUAGAACAGGGGUGUCAAACUCAAUUUCAUUGAGGGCCACAUCAGGGCUGUUUGUCCUCAGGAGGCCGGGGUGGGCGUGGCCAGGGUGGGCAUGGCCAGCUCGAUGUCACUCCUGUUGGGGGCGCCUGUGGUUGUCCGAGUGCUCUGCCAGGGAGAAACAGGCCCCUGGGCUCCGUUUUCGGUUGCCAUGUUCUCGUGCAACCCUCUGACAGUGAAAAUGGAACUCAGGAGGGAGGGCCCCUCCUAAGCCCCGUUUUCACUGGCAGAGGGUUGCAGGAGGCCGUGGCAACUGAAUACAGAGCUCGGGAACCUGUUUUCACUGACAGAAGCACCGCGGGCUGGUCCUUCGCUGUUUCCAGGGUAGUCCUGUGGGCCAGAUCUAAGUACCCUGCGGGCUGGAUCCAGCCCCUGGGCCUUGAGUUUGACACCCCUGACCUAGAAGACCAAUGUUUUCACUUGAAUUGCAUUCAUUCAUUACAUUGCACAUUUUCCAUAAAUUGCUUUCAUGCUUUUUCUACCAUUUACUUACCUCGGAACAUAAAUGGGCAACUAUCACCAACUUAUAGGUUCAUACUUUUGUAUGCACCCAUAAAUAAUACCAGUUUAUAUUUUCUGACACAAUUUUGACCCAUUCAUUAUUGGAACUAGAUCUUUAUUUUUAUUUUAUAGCAUAUUCUUUAACUCAACAAGUAUGAACCUCCUACAUUCUCAUCUAUUACGCCUCCUUCAAUGUUUCACAGACAUACAACAUAUUUAUUUUUCUUUCUUAUAUUUCACUUGUUAGUUAGUCCAUGCAUUAUUUAUUUAUUUAAUGCUUUAUUUCUUUAAUGCUCCACAUUGUGCUCCUCAUCUUCUAUUUGUCAAGAUUGUUCCCUGAUGGGCCUAAUAGGUAAUAACCCCUGUGGUCCAACUUAGCUUUGCUUAACUAUUCUUUCCCCUAUCACCUUUUAGUAAGAGAAGGUGUAAACUAUUUUACUAGCUGUAGUGUACCUAUGCCACACGCAACAGUCCCUGCUAAUGGAGAGUACAGUACCGAUCAUUACCAGCUUGACCUAAGUCCAACCAAACUAUUGUCAAUGUAUUCUGUGCAAGUUUCAACCUCUAAUAUAGAGACUUCCUUGGAACCAAGUAUCCUGUUGCUUCACCCUGUUAGAUAGGAGUCAUAUAUUAUGUUGUUACACAUACAGAGGAUGUUAUGAACUAUAAUAGCUGUGAAAUAUGUUUAUUACCAAAUAAUUCACAGAUGGAACGUGAAUUUCACCAUUAAUCUGACACCCAUCUCCUCUUAUAAAUACUGUAAGUGUUGGCAAUUUUUAUUACAUUACUGUAUAAUUAUUUUGAUGAAACUAUUACAUCUAAAUUGGUCUAGACAACCAGUUUUGUCAGGAGACUGUGAGUUCUAGUCCUGCCUUAGGCACAAAAGCUGCCUGGGUGACCUUGGGCCAGGCUUUCUCUCAGCUCAACUCAUGGGUUGUUACGUGGAGAAUACAGUAGGAUGAGGAAGGAAUAUUCGGUAUGUUCCUUGAAUUAUUUAUAAAGAUAAUUGGGAUAUAAAUAAAUAUCACUUUAUGUUUUGCAUAAACUUUGGAGUAUCCCUUGGUAAUUCCACCUUGAGAACUUUGGCACAUAAUAGGAUAUUGAUUGAACUUAAAUAAUUUACAGAUAGAACCUUUCAGUUUCAUUCCAAAAUGAGAUGACUACAUUGUCUCCCAAAUGUCUUAAAAGUCACUCAGAUAUCUGGAUCCAUUUACAGGGUUUAAUGACUCUUGAAUGCAUUAUUUUACGAAGUGCAACACCAAUUUCUGCAACACCAAUAGAUUUUAAAUCAGAAAAGCUAUUCUGUGGAGAAUGUUAAUUGAUAACAUUUAGCUCAAAACUAAAAUUGAGAAAGCAUUGAAAACUAAACAUAUACUAAACAGACUGCAUUCCAUACUGGAUUAUUGUUUAAAUGUGGCAAAAAAGUGUUAUGAAUAUGUCUUUUCCAAAAAAUUAAUGCUAUCUACUUACAUAAACCUUUUCCCAUAUUGUUUGUACAGUACUUGAGAUAUCUACCCUUAUUUUGUUCUUGAAGUGCCCUCUCUUGGUUGAUUUGUGCAAUUUCAUUACUAUUAAGAAAAGUAGGUAGUUGUAUGCCCUAUUUUUUCAUACACACAUAAUGAAUUUGUAGGAGAAAAAAGUCAUUAGAUCAUGUUGUGAUGCAGCAAGAUUAUACACCAGAUUCUUUCCAUAAAGGAAAAGAAAAGAUAAUACAAUAAGAUUCUGUACUUUCUUGAUCUGCCAGUUAAUAACGUUAGCUGCUUGACUGGUCAUUGAUCAUAUUAAAAUGGAUCAUAAAAAAUUAUGUUCCUGUUAAAAAAACAACAACCCACGAACCAAGGUGAAUCAGAGAAAUAGAUUUUUGUGCCUGUUAAGAUAAAAAGUUCAGUAAAAUGUUUUCAUUCUAAACAUUCUCCAUAUUCUUUGAAAUAGUGACAUAUAAUAUCAUAUAAUGCAUAUAAUAAAUAAUGUUGGUUUAAAGAGAGUAUUGAGAAUGUCUGUUUUGAGAUAUUGCCUUUUUUAAUAUUGAUAGUCCUGUGGAUUUUCAUAAACAUUAAAACCCAGAUUUAGGAAAAUGUUUUCCCUAUGUAUAUAAAAGAUAAUAUUAGGAUAAUAAAUUGAGAGAUUAGUUGGGACUAAAUAUGUUUUAAUAUGAGUAGGACAGCUGUUUAAUUUUCUUUCUUAUUCUGCAUCUGUUACAUUUGUUCAUAAUCUCUUGAUUUUGGUGCAUGAAUUUAAAUAAGUGUUCAGAGUAGAUAUUGUUCACAAAAUGCUAAGUAUUAUAUGGUGCAAAUUAUACAAUGUUUGGACAUUUAUUUAGCACCUAAAUUAUUUACAGAUAUUUUAGACCGCAUUAUUUGCUUAGUUAUAUAUUUUAGCAUCUUUAUUUAGGAUCCCAUCAAAAUAAUUUGGAAUAAUUAGCAAAAGUUUUGUUUCCUAAGGACCUAUUUUGUAACUACUAUUUAUCUCUUCAUAAAAAGUUCUUACCCAGUGUUCUUAUAAGAUAACCUUAUAAGCUAUCAAUAUCUACUGUGUGUACAGUAAGUUAGAUUUUCCAUUGUCCAGAACUUUUGUUAAAAAUUGCAAUCUUAAUUCACUGUUGCCCUUUAGAAAGAUGAAUUAUAAUUCUGCCUUGUAUGUGCUAAGUGGAGUAUUAUUACCAAGAGGUCAGUGAAUAAUCCACUGCUAAAAGAAUGCUUAGGAGCUUUUUAAUAACAGCUGAAUAAUUUUGAAGGCAAAUUGGUAGGCUGAUGGCAAAGUUCCCAGUGAUCAGAGUGAUAGGUUGGGUUUUAUUGACUGAUGGAGGUUUUAAGGACUAGCAUACCAUUGUCCUCCACCUUUCCCAGGUAUAUGGCUUACAUUGGGGGUCCAAGCAUUCCAAUCCUUAACGGGGUCCACAGCCCAUCUUAGUUGAACCUUCUGUGCAUUCUGGCAGCCAUCUGUGUAGCACAAGGGACUUGGCUCGGUUAGCCUACAGCCGCUUCUGCCUGAAUUCCUGUGUGCUUUGGAUGCGUGUGAAGCCUCCAUACUGUGCCAUCUGCAAAGCUUCUUGGGAUAAGUAGUUCCAUUGCAAUCCAUCCAAUUUUUUUCCCUGAGAUUUCAAUGACAAAAAGUAUCUGUUGAGCUACAAUAUUAUUAAAGUAAAAUAUAGAAGAAAGUGGUUUUGACUGAAAUGUGCAAGAAGCUUGGACUUAAAAUUCAUGCUGAUACAGCUGUCGUUUUUCUUAAAUCAUGGGACCUAUUUUUAAAUAAAAGAAUCCUAUUCUAACAUUGAAGGUUUAAUGCUCUGUGCCAAAUGUAAUUCUUAUAAAUAAAAGUCGCUUGUUUAUGGACAUAUUUCCAUAUUUGUUCCUGCCAUUUAAUAGACACCUUCCUACUAAAAUUAAAAAUUUUGCAAAUUGACUUUGACCAAAAAAAUAACCAUUUAUUUUUAUAAACUCUGGAGCUUUGUAUUAGGAUAACUUUUAACAACAGGAUAGUUUGGACAAAACUCAGCAUCACUUUUUCGUUGAUAAAAAUAGGAUUGCCAACAUGAUUGCUGAUAUCCGUCCAAUGACGGAUAUGGCACAAGAAGAAGAAGAAGAAUCACCUGUGUUUCCAGUGAAAUUCUUGUUCGUCUGGUUCAUUACAGGAAUACAUUUAGAACUUCUGGGUGACUUGAUGCUGUGACUAACAAAGAUCAGCUUAGCUGUGCUCUAUUUUUCAAGACAUCUUGAUCCUCUCUUACCUCUGCAUAGGGGCUAGUAUAACUUUUCAAAGCCUUUAUAGGUUACCAUCAAUUCUGCUGAUAGGAUUUGAAUUCUGUUAGCACCCAACUUUAGAGGGCCUUUCCUUAAUAUAUAAUAUAAUAUA